AUGGGCUAUCAGGAGAUUUCAGCAACGCACCAAAUCAAACCCAUUCUGUCGAGGUUCGGUUCCUGGCCGGUGGUUCAAGCUUUCAACUAUCUUGUACUGGCCAUCUUUGGCGUAUGCAUUUGCACCUACAUCUUCACAACAUGCCGCUUCUACCUGAGCAGCAAGAAAAACCGCCAAUUUCGAGGAAAUGAGCCGCCUACUUUGGCAUAUUGGUUGCCAUGGGUUGGCAACGGCAUCCAGAUGAUUCGGGAUCCUCACAAAUUCUACGAGGAAACACUUGCCAAAAGACCAACAAAGGGACCAGUGACUAUGCGCCUAGGCCCUAUCUCCAUGUAUCUAGUCAUGGGAGCGUCGAACAUCCAGGCGAUAUUCCGACAGUCGAGCAGCCUGUCGUUCGAGUUUAUGCAACUGCGUAUCGCACACAAGGUCAAAGGUCUUCCAGCGAGCGAUGCCGCGCUCCUAGGGAUGGACGACUCAGGGGCUGGCACCCUCAACCAGUCUGAGACUGGAGUCGCAGGAAAAGGACGCAUCUGGCAUAUACUCCAUGGGAUUUACCUCAAGAACCUUACAGAAAAGUCUGCCGUGGACUUUCUGACGGCCAAGUUUGUCUUCGAGUUUUCCGAACAGCUCAAGACUUGUCCAGAGGGUGCUUCAGCUCCCGCAGUUGUCGGUUUAUACGACUUCCUCCAGACGUACCAGUUCGCCGCGUCAACAAUUACACUAGUCGGUCCACGGAUUCUCCAAAAGGGCUCGCUGGAAGCAAAGACCUUCUGGGACUACGAUGCCGCCUUCAUGACAUUGAUGCAGGGGCUGCCAAAACUAGUGUGCCGCAAAGGCUGGGCAGCGCGCGACCGCACUCUGGAGGCUACCAAGGACUGGCUCGCAGCAGCAACUGCUGGUUGUCCUAGAGAUAGCGAUGCUGAUUGGGAAGAGAAUUUUGGUCAUCGGCUUGUGCGGGAGAGGAAUGCUGCUCUCGUUGACUAUGGGAUCAGCUUCGAGGGGCGUGCGGCAAUGCACAUGGGUCUGAUUUGGGCCAUCAAUGCGAACGCCGUUCCCAUGACCGCCUACAUGUUGUUCGAGAUGGUCCGAGACCCGCAGCUCCUUUCACGAAUCCGCGCCGAAGUCAAAACCGCCAUGGUCGUCGGUACGAAUACGGCAUCAGUACUCGAUAUCGAUAUCACAAAGCUGGCGGCUCUUCCACUGCUGAACUCCGUAUACAACGAGUGCCUUCGUCUCCGCUCGAGCAUCCCCAUCUCGCGGCGUCUGCGACAGGACAUCGAGAUCGAUGGAUACACGCUCAAGAAGGACAACUUUAUCCUAGCACCUAGUUGGCUAUCGCACAUUGACGAGGCAGUAUGGGCGUUUCCAGGCCACCCGGCACGCGACUUCUGGGCCGAGCGUUUCUUGCAGCCGGAAAUGCGCAAAGUCAAGCUAGGCGACUACUGUCCGUAUGGGGGUGGUGGCGUUAUCUGUCCCGGGCGAUUCUUUGCCAAGCAUGAGAUUCUAGCGGCGGUUGCGAUGAUGGUUACGACAUUCGAUAUGGAGUUUGUGCGCUGGUCGCAUUUGGAUGGGUCACCGGCGGACAGAGGUCCGGGCAUGGAGGGUGCGGAAUGUCGAGGUGUUGUGAGUCUCGAUAGAGAUGCCAUGGUGAAGAUGCAGAAGCGGAAGCUGGUAUGA